GCCGCCGCGCAGGCAGCAGCAGCCCCAUCCCAUCCCGUCCCGUCCCAUCCCGUCCCAUCCCAUCCUAUCCCAUCCCGUCCCAUCCCGGCCAUGCCGCUGCGGCUGGCGUUCUGUCUGCUCGCCCUCUGCAGCCCCGUCGCCGCCGCCGCCGCCGCCGCAGCGCACGGUGGGAUCUGCUGGCUGCAGCAGGGGAAGGAGGGCAAGUGCACCAUGAUCCUGAAGACGGGUGUGACGUGGGAGGAAUGCUGUGCCAACGGCAACGUGGACGUGGCCUGGUCUAAUUACACCUACCCAGGCAACAAGAUCAGCCUGCUGGGCUUCUUGGGGUUGGUGACCUGCCACCCCUGCAAAGAGAGCUGUGAGGGGGUGGUGUGCGGCCCCGACAAGGUCUGCAAGAUGAAGCACGGGCGUCCCCAAUGCGCCUGUGCCCCCGACUGCUCCAGCCUGCCCCGCAAGCUGCAGGUCUGCGGCUCCGAUGGCUACACCUACCGAGACGAGUGCGACCUGCUGACGGCCAAGUGCAGAGACCACCCCGACCUCGAAGUGAUGUACCAGGGCAAAUGCAAAAAGUCCUGCUCCAGCGUGGUGUGCCCCGGCACCCACACCUGCGUGGUGGACCAGACCGGCAGCGCCCACUGCGUGAUGUGCCGGACGGCUCCCUGCCCUGAACCCACCAGCCUGGACCAUGCCCUCUGCGGCAACAACAACGUCACCUACCCCUCGGCGUGCCACCUCCGACGGGCCACCUGCCACCGCGGGCGUUCCAUCGGCGUGCGCCACUACGGGAGCUGCUCGGCUGCGACAAAAUUCUCCCCGGAGACGGACAACGCGGAAGCGAAUUACGUGUGAAUCCUCCCUCGCCGCAAGGUCGGACCCAGGAGACAGGGGCAUUAUGUGUAUAUUGUACAAACCAUAUACCUGAUAUUUAUUAAGAUAAAAAGAUCCUUAUUUAUACCUGUGUAUGUUAUGCAGUCGCAGGGGGGCUCGAUUCUCGCUCCUGCCGACCGGGGAGCAAGGGGAGGGUGCUCCCAAUCCGGAGCGAUGCCAAGCCAUGCUGGGCACGAUCCGGUGCGUGGCACAUCUCUUUGCCGGUCGGCGCCCGCUCCCGGCAGUCGUACGGUGUAGAGAGGGCACUGCCGUGCCAUGGGGCCCCCAAUGUGUCCUUGGCCGCCAGCCCUGGGCUAUUUAUUUUUGGAUGGAAUUCUUGGUACUCUGCUGACAUUUCUGGCCGGGAUCUCGAGGUCUAAAGGGAAUCUGUGCUUUCGGCUCUCCCGGAGGGGCUCAGCCCCAAGCUGCCAACGUCAGGGAAGGCAACACAGCGCCGUAUCAGACGGGAGAUAGAUAUAUAUUUAUAUAUAUAUAUGUAUAUGCAUAUAUAUAUGUACGUUACUUUUUUUUCCUGAAGUUUUAGCAUCUCUAUGUUAAAACGGAUUAAAACAUUCAGACCAGGCUCCCACCCAUCCUCAGAGGGGACUCCGGCACCCGCAGGGCUGGGGUAACAGCAGCUGAGCAGCGCUGCCCACUGACCUCCAGCGCUAAAGGGGGGCACAACCUUCAUCCCAUCGCCCCCUGAGCCCUGCAGGUGCCCCCACCCCAAAUCCCAGCGCCCACAGCCCAAACCGCUUUGGGAGCAGCUGGGGCAGAGGGGGGUCUGCAACCUCCAUCACCCGUGCGGUGCUCUGGGAUGAUGCUCAGCUCCCGAUCCCACUGCAGAGCCGCCUGGGUGGCUGUGGGGAGCCCGGCUUGGCACAGGGGGACAGGAGGGGGGUGACAGCGCUGCCCGCAUCCUGGAGACCCCCAAGCUGCCCCCACCUCCUGCACCCCCUGCUCUCUCGACACCAUCUGUAUUUAUUUGUAUUUCUUCUCUCAUUUUGUGUGUUGUCACCUGUGUAAAUACCAUAACAUCUCUGACACUGAGAAGCUAUUGCCUUUAUAUAAAUAUAUCAUAUAUAUUAUAUAUAUAUAUAUAUAUAAAAAUACCCUAUUUUCUAUUUUUGUAUGGUUGCGUUCUGAUUUUUGAGGCAGACGCUAUGGGAACACGUACAUCUCCUACUCGGUAUCGUUAGGGGCA